CAUUAGAAAACGCUUGCCUCUUUCUUCGAACCCUUCCCCAAAUCCUAAGUGCUGAAUCUCAUCGGAUUCCCGUUUCUCGUCGGACCGCCGUCGACUCCAUCGCGAUCUUCCUUUUCGCCGGACCUCCGUCGACUCCACCGCAGGUUUGGUUUGCUACAAGGCUUGGAGAGCAUGGACACUCAGAAAAGCCAACCAGAAAACCACUCCUCUUCCGCAACAUCUCCUCCGGUUGUAACUUCAUGUCGAAAGAAGAAGAAUGAAGAAGCUGCUUUCUUGGAAGAUUUGAAGGAACAUAUUGACGAGUUUUUAAGUGCUUCUGUGGAUGAACACAAAAGUUGCUUUAAGAAAACAAUUCAAAAGAUGUUUGGUUUGUCAAAGGCUGUUACAGAAGGGCACUCCAAUACCUCCAAAGAAGUAGAAAGUUCUCUACCUCUUAGGACAACUGUACAGGACUAGAUUUUACCUGAAGCGUGUUGUUAUAAUACUCUCGUAUAAAUAGUUGUUUGUGAAUACUCCAUUCAUGGGUUGUUUUUGUGAGCACUGUUUAACCAAAGGAGUAUUCACAGUACAUUUUUUCUAACACAUCCUAUUAUUGACUACUUGGAAAAUGUAAUUCAUAAUUAUGAAAUUAGGAAAGACGUUUGUUAAAUAAAAAGUGAACCAACGAAAAAGUUGGGAUUUCUAAUAACU